GACGUGAACAGGUCAUUCAGAUGCGCCAGCGCGUCAUUUGCUGCAACGCAAUCCCAGCCAUCCCGAACUCCCAGUAUUCCCGGCGUCAUGUACCGUUAUUCCUCCAUAUCAGCCGUUUGACCUACUGAACGGAAGUUGAAGAACUGCUGCUGAUAUUAUGGACGGAAUUCCAACAUGAACUGAAGUUAAUUUAUUUGAUAAGAAGCGCUGCGUGGUGUGCAGCAUUGGUGGACAGAGGCGUUGAUCUAGCAAUGGUGCUGGAUCUGGGUGAAAACUGCAUGGAGCGGGUUAAUGGAGGAGGGCUCGCAAAGAAUGUCUCAGAAAUGUUAGAACCAGAGCCAAGCACAGAGAAACCCAAACCUGUCAGAGCCAGGACCAGCAGUAUCACACAAAGAGACAAAUCUCAUGCGCAGCCUUGUACUGCUUGGGAUGGCUGCUCCCAAGUUCAGCGAAGGCUCCAGAAGACGGAAGGUAGAAAUAAAGAUGAAACUGUGCAGCCAAGGGAACCUUCCAAACCGCCACCUUAUCGAAGGCCACUUAGUCUGGAAAUAAAACCACAGCAAAUUAGAGCAACGCAGCCAGUGCAGAAGGUGAUACAGCCACCGUGGCGUAGUGGUGGCCCUUCUCCACCCAUGCGAAGCCUGACAAGCCUUAGUUUGGGGUCAGGAAACUGGCUGCGCCGGAGUGAGAGCACAUGCACAGUGAACUCCACGACACCCCCACGUGCUGGCAGGGGUCAAAUGAGACCUGCAACCUCCUUGCCACAUAUUGCCAGGGGUAUGGCACCACUUCCUUCACCUUCAACACCCCGUGGGCCGUGCCUGCUUGUGGCUCUUCGUCCCAUAAACCUGGAACAGGAGCGUCAGACCUUUUUUCAGUCUAACUGUCAGUAUGAGCCCCAGUUUGAGUAUGCAUCUCCAGAGCCCAUCAGUGUUUUGGAGAAGUACAGAGAGGGCUCCAGUCUCUUUCUGUCCCAGAUUCGCCACCUUGACCAAGAGACAGCAGCUUGGUUUGAAAGUGACUUCUGUGCAGUUGGGAUUAUGGAGUGUGUGUUGAGGAAGUAUGAGACCUAUGAAAACUUUGAAGAAGCCACAGGGGGCAGCUUGCUACCAAAGAGUCAAGUGUGGGCAGCUACUCGCAAGUACCUACAGAAGGAGGGCUGUGUCGGUGAGGUGGUUGUAAGUCUCUCUGAUGAGCUUCUGUCCCAGGCAGUAAUGAUGGUGGAGAGAUGUCGACCAACACUUACUAUUAACUUGUCAGGAGCACGGCAACACUGGCUUGAGGGCAUGCUUAGACACGAGAUUGGCACACAUUACUUACGGGGUGUGAAUAACAGCAUGCAGCCAUGGGCCACUUCUGUUGGGAGAAAGCAGUUUGGACUGAAACCAGCUAAUCCUACUGAAGAGGGGCUUGCUAGUCUUCACAGUGUGUUGCUACGGAAACAGCCCUUCCUGUGGCGGGCCGCUCUGCUAUACUAUACUGUAUACCAUGCCACAAACAUGAGCUUCAGCCAACUGUUCAGCCAUAUUGCUCGCUUUGUCCAAGAUCCUGCGGUACGCUGGGAAUACUGCCUCCGCGCCAAACGAGGACAGACAGAUACCUCGAAACCAGGUUGCUUCAGUAAAGAUCAAGUCUACCUUGAUGGAAUUUUAAGGAUUUUACGCCACAGGAGAAACAUUGAUUUUAAGAUAUUAACCGCUCUUGGCAAGGUUUCCUAUGAAGAUGUGGACAGACUUCGGCAUUUGGCUGUUCUAAAUGGAACUAGGAUUCCUCACUUCUUGCAGGAUGAAGAACGAUAUCUUCAACACCUCGACCACAUUGUCGCAGUGAAUGAACUGAGCGAUGCAGAGCUUCAAGAGCUCAUUCCAUGAA